AUGAAUGCCAGAUGGGCAGAGAACGGAGUUACUAUCGCUGGAGGUAAAGGACAAGGAGAUGCAUUGAAUCAACUCCAUUGGCCUUGUGGUCUCUAUGUGGAUGAUGAUCAAACGGUUUACAUCGCUGAUACAGACAAUCACCGCAUUGUGGAAUGGAAGGUUGGUGGAAUGAGUGGUAAAGUAGUAGCCGGUGGAAACGGACGAGGAAAUCGAGCUGAUCAGUUGAAUCAGCCACAAGAUGUAAUUAUCGACAAAGAGACAGACGAUCUCAUCAUCUGCGAUCGAGGGAAUGGACGAGUGAUGCGUUGGUCUCGACGAAAUCGAACAAGUGGAGAAGUUAUCAUCGAGAAUAUCUCUUGUUGGGGAUUGACGAUGGACGAUGAAAGAUCUCUCUACGUCUCCCAUUUGGUCACGAAUGAAGUAAAACGAUAUAGAGUGGGACAAACGAGUGGAACAGUGGUGGCAGGUGGAAAUGGACAAGGUGGUCGUCCCAAUCAACUCAACUGGCCCACGUACGUUUUUGUCGAUCGAGAUUAUUCUGUCUACGUCUCGGACUGGAAGAAUCAUUGUGUGAUGAAGUGGAUGAAGGAUGCGAAAGAAGGGAUUGUCGUCGCGGGUGGACGAGGUGAAGGAAAUGGUCUGACACAAUUGUCGGAUCCUCGAGGAGUGUUCGUCGAUCAGUUGGGCACGCUCUAUGUGGUAGAUAAGCAGAAUGAUCGAGUGAUGCGCUGGUACAAAGGAGCGACACAAAGAGAUGUGAUUGCUGGUGGAAAGGGCCUUGGACAACAAGCAAAUCAGCUGAGUCGUCCGGAAGGUUUGUCAUUCGAUCGACAUGGCAAUCUAUAUGUUGUUGACCACGUUAAUAAUCGAGUUCAACGAUUUUCAAUUGAAAAAUAA